CAUCCUCAGGAUGGACCUCAUCCUCCUCUGUGUGUUCCUGCCUCUGGUGACCACGGCACGGGGCCAGUACGGUGACUACUACUACGGCCCCUAUAACUAUGGGGAUAAUGAUGAAUGGGUCAAUGUGUACCGCCAGGGUUUCAACUUCCAGUGCCCACAUGGGCAGGUGAUUGUGGCCAUCAGGAGCGUUUUCAGCAAGAAGGAAGGCUCGGACAGACUGUGGAACUACGCCUGCAUGCCGGCGGCUCAGAGCCUCGGUGAGCCCACGGAGUGCUGGUGGGAGGAGAUCAACAGGGCGGGAACUGAAUGGUAUCAGACCUGCUCAAACAAUGGGCUGGUGGCUGGUUUCCAAAGUCAGUAUUUUCCAUCUGUGCUCGACCGUGAAUGGCAAUUCUACUGCUGCCGCUUCAGCCGCAGAUGCCCCUAUUCAUGCUGGUUAACAACAGAAUAUCCAGGACAUUAUGGAGAAGAUAUGGACAUGAUGAUGUACACUUAUGACUAUUACAUUCGUGGAGCAACUACAACGUUCUCUGCUGUGGACAGGGAUCGUCAGUGGAAAUUCAUUGUCUGCAGGAUGACAAACUAUGACUGCCCAUUUCAAAAUGUUUAAAAAGAAUGAGGGUACCCAACCUUGGGUACCUUUCCUUGGAAACCUUGGGAAGGACAGGGUGGGAUGAGGGUCAGUGAUUAUGGGAGAAGGGCAAUUAAGCUCACAAAAAAAGUACGAAGACUCAUCAACUUCCUGCUGAAGAUAAAAUCCUUUUCCCCUGGAGCUAGUAAAUAAAUUGCCAUCCCAUGUGCUUGCAACAGGGAUUUUGGAAGAUUCCUUCAAGUUUUAUCCCCCAACUAAAACUGCUUAUGAAAUACACAUUUACACAAGUUUAUGGCAUAUGCAGCUACCUUUUUUAUAUAUACUAUAGCCAUUCUGAAUGCAUAGAGCUUUUUUUCACACAGCAGCUGUCCCAGCUUCCCAGCACAGUCACUCCGAAUGAGGCAGAAUACACUAUAAGCUUUUGAACAUUCACUAGACCUUCCUGUCUCUACUUUGUACUUGGAACCAACACAGUGAUCCCUACCAGCUUCUCAGCAUGAGUAGUUGAAAGUGUGCUGAAAGCAGCAUCAGGGGGCCUCUGGCAUCCUGCAUCUGGUGUUACCUGUUACAGCCCUCAGCAUAACUCCACUGCAAAAAAGCUCCACCUGCAGAGAGUAUUCAGGUAUAUUCAGAGAGAAUUCCAAGUAUUCACAACACUGAAUCAACACCAGAUUAAAAAGAGAGUAGAUCCGUCAAUAAAACCAGAAGCCUAACUCAGCCUUAAUGAGUCUCUUUUAUGUUGUCUUAAAAGUCUCUGAGAACAAAACUACCCAGGAGCUUUACUCUGGGCAAACCCAGAAGUAGUUCAGGCUACUUGCACUCUCACUAAAUAUGCAAGCUGCAUUUAGGAGUCCACUUUCCAGGUGGACUGGGUUUCCACUAUGAGUGCCUGUACAACAUCCAUCUGCCUUUGGUAAGAUAUUCUUGGCUUAGAAUAGACAAAUAAAGUUUAUAACUCAGGCGACCUCAGUUCAUUCAACUUGCAGAUCUCUAUCCCCGCAGAGGAUAAGCUGACCAUGUUUCAAGAGUGCACAUCCUUUGUGCAGGUGUAAUUUAACAAGAAACCCUAUUGAUCUCUUCCAGGAAGAUCUACGGUAGGAUUUUUGCUCUUGAAGAAGACAGAAUUUAGGGCUCAAUUUCUUAGCUGAUGAAGUCAAUGCUAAACUUAGCAGUGGUUUUGACAGUGCUGUGAUGAUCCCAUGUACCAACUUAAGGUUGCAAAGCUUCACAGGAAACAGCAAUCAGCAAUUGGUUUCCGUGUUCCAAGUAUUUUUAACAUAUUCACUAAGCAUACCCCUCAAGUGUGAGCAUUAAAACUACACUUGUCCAAUAAAAGAAUAAUAAAUUUUGCAUUGCUGUA